AUGGCUCUCGGGUACCUUGCUCCAUCUGGGUGCAGUAGAGCUGCCCAGCGUUUGAUCAAUGAUUACCCAAGUCGAGUUGAUAUUGAUGACGUGCCAAAGAGUUCAGAAUGUUCCCAGUUCGGAAUGAAUGAGCCGGUGCAGACGGAGCAGGAUGAUCUAGUUCCACUGAGGAAGCGGCUUUCAAAUGUCCACUGUAAUUCGGCAGGAUCUCUCUGGGGUUGGAUUCUGUCGGGUAAAGAGGAUCCUCGGAACUGGUGUGUUAGAUUCGUCCACUUUAAUGCCUUAUUCCCGAGGCCUUCGAAGCUGAAUCAGCGCCGGCACUUAUUUUCGAUAAACAGAAUCUCCAAUUAG